ACCCGUUGACAUUUGCGGACUUCCAAUGGAUGCCCCUUCCCCGGUCCGGUCGAUUGCCGAAACCACAUUGCAACAUGCUCAUGGCACAAUUGCGGGAUUACUUGCACACUGCAGUACCAACUCCGUUGAUGGACGUCGGAGUAGAGGUUGUCGACCUUCACGCCUACAUUGCGAAGAUCGACCGCGAGUUCAAGACACAACGGUACGACGACAUCGACGCACCAUUGUUAUAUGUACGCAUUCAGAUCGGAGAGGCGACCUGCAGAGCUUUGAUCGAUUGUGAAGCAUCUCGCAACUACAUGAGCCAGGACUUUAUGGUACGCGCCGGCCUUUGCCCACGCGUCCGGAGGAAGUCCCUGCCUACGCAAGUCACGUUGGCAGACGGUCACACACACAAGUCAAUAGACCGGUGCAUAGAUGACGUCCCCGUGUACUUUGCCCCGCACGCAAGCAAGGCGGUGUCCUUCGAUAUCUCGGACACCAAAUUCGACAUGAUCUUGGGCAUGUCAUGGCUGCGAAGCGAGGAUCACCCGGUGAACUUCUACCGCCGCACCGUUCACAUUCGUGAUCGGAACGAAGUACUAGUCCCAUCUACGGUAGCUCCUCCUCACCCUUCGAUCAGCUGCCACGUGGUGUCCGCCGCAAGCAUGCGAGCUUCCAUCAUCAAAGACGACAUCGAGGAGAUGGGGGUGUGUUUUCUCCACGCCCUUCCGCCCCAUGACGCUUCAUCGACAGACUCAUCUUCGGACCCACGCAUCACCGAGCUUCUCGACGCCUACGGCGACGUGUUCGAAGGCCCGCACGGAGUAGUACCAGAUCGGCCCAUCCGCCACAAGAUCAUCCUCGACGACGGGGCCGUACCUCCGUGCGGUUGCAUCUACCGAAUGAGCGAGGAAGAGUUAAGUGUGCUACGGGCACAACUCGACGACCUGCUAGAGAAAGCCAAGUACAAAGCCAACCGCGACAAAUGCGAAUUCGCGCGGCAAGAGCUAGAGUACUUGGGACAUUAUGUGACGCCGCAAGGCAUCCAUCCGCUUGCGGACAAGAUCGAGGCCCUCCGCGUAUGGCCCGAGCCCACCAACACCACGGACGUUCGUUCAUUCAUGGGGUUGGCGGGCUACUAUCAGCGAUUCAUCACCGGAUACUCAAGGAUUGCUGCACCUAUGACGAGAUUACAAUCGCCAAAGGUGCCAUUCGUAUUCGAUGACGACAUACGCCGGUCAUUCCAAGCACUUAAGACGGCCAUGCUCAUGGCACCUGUCCUUAGCAUCUAUGACCCCACCCUGCCUACGAGAGUGACAACUGACGCUUCCGGCUACGGCAUUGGGGCAGUCUUGGAACAACACGACAGCGACGACUGGCACCCUGUAGAGUAUUUCAGCCACAAAGUGCCUCCCAUCAAUUCGCUUGAUGAUGCAAGGAAGAAGGAGCUGCUCGCGUUCGUGAUGGCUCUCAAGCGAUGGCGGCACUUCCUCCUUGGGCGUCGUAGGUUCACAUGGAUCACGGACAACUACCCAUUGACCUACUACAAGACGCAGGAUACGGUGAGCAGCACGAUCGGACGAUGGAUGUACUCCAUCGACCAAUUUGACUUCACACCGAAACAUCUCCCCGGCCUCUCCAAUCGCGCAACAGAUGCACUCUCGCGAAGACCUGAUCUUUGCGCCAUGACACAUCAUGCCUUCGCAUUCGACGAGGAACUUCAACGACACUUCAUCCGGGGCUAUGAGUCUGAUCCGGACUUCGCCACGUUGUAUGCACAGCUAUCUUCGGAUCACCCGCCGGCCAGCCACUAUCGCAUUGCCGACGGGUACUUGCUCCUCCACUCGAGAGGCAAGGACUUAUUGUGUGUCCCACGAGACCGUAGUCUUCGGACUCGCCUUCUCGGGGAGUACCAUGACUCACGACUCACCGGCCAUUUCGGAGUCAACCGCACUAUUGCACGGCUUCGACAACGAUUCCGAUGGCCCGACCUCAUUACCGAUGUCACUCGGUAUUGCGACUCUUGCGAAGUUUGUCGACGAAGCAAGCCCCACAAUCGCAAUCCCUACGGCGAGUUAUGCCCGAUGCCUAUCCCACGGGAACCCGGCCUCUCCAUUGCCAUGGAUGUCACAGAACCAUUUCCCCGCGAUCACCUCGGGCACGACAGCAUCCUCACGGUUGUGGACCGUUUGAGUAAGUAUGCGCGUUUUCUCCCUUGCAAGUACCACUUAAUGGCUCCCGAGCAGGCACGCCUCUUGCACACCGGUUGGAUUUGUGGCCACGGUGAACCGGAAGACAUAGUCAGCGACCGCGACACUCGCUUCAUGUCGGCAUUUUGGACUGCUCUCAUGAAGGAGUCCGGCACGAAGAUGAAACCAAGUUCGGCUCGGCAUCCACAGACGGACGGGGAAACGGAGCGGGCACAUCAAACCGCUCAAAUGAUGCUUCGUACGCUCAUCCGUCCGGACCAGAAAGAUUGGGUUGACCGCCUCCCCGACAUUGAGUUCGCCUACAACACUUCGGUGUACCCGGCGAUCGGCGUGACUCCAUUCGAGUUGCACCAUGGUGGAUGGAAAGGCCGUAUCUUCGCCGACCUUCUCCUCCCACGACCAGCCAACAUCGACGCCGCUUGCUCUCCCGCUUUCAUCCGGAAGUACAGGGAACUGCUGGCUCAAGCCCGUGCAAACAUGCAAAAGGCUCAAGUCCGCAUGCAGCAGCAAGCCAACAGGCGUCGCGUGCCAUGUCCCAUCCGCGCCGGUGAUCUGGUUUGGGUCUCCGCGGAAGAGUUUGCACUGGAACAGGAUGUUUCACGCAAACUGCUUCCCAAGUGGUUUGGACCAUGGCCCGUAACAUCAGCCACGAGCGAUGAGCCCGAUGGUCCUUCAUUUGUGAUCAACAUCCCUGCGCAUCUGUCGGUCCAUCCAGUCUUUCACGCCUCGAAGCUGGCAACAUAUACACCAGCUAAGAGCGACGACUUCCCAGGCCGACGAUCGCAGGACCCUCCAUCUAUGGAUUGUCAUCAGGAAGUUGACCGUGUCAUCACGAAUCGCAAGUACGGCAGCAAGCCUCGCCAGUAAAAAGUUACAUUAAGAGCAUGCGAUCCCGACGACACUCGGUGGAUUUCAUGAACAGAUUUGAAAGCAUCCGCACCGCUG